CCGUCCACCAGUCUAAAGGCUUCAAAGCUUCUGGUGAGAGAGACACCAUCGUAAUCGAUGACAGAACUCGUGAUUUGACGCAAGUUGAUUUCAUUUGAGCCGGUGCGACCAACAGCCUGCCACAGUGCUGCUGCUGCAUGACAUCGUUUACAUCCGAGUUCAUUAUAUAAGGAGGGAAAAGAAGCAUAGAGAAAGAAAAGGAAACAAAGGCAGAUAUGUCUCCGAAUCAUUCGAGCGAAUCUAGCGGGAUGGCAUUCUUCGAGUCCCCCGUCAAGGUAUUCUCAACCGCCGCGGGGCUACGUGUCGUCCUCCUGUUCUACGGGAUCUGGCAGGAUGCUAAUUCCCCCGUGAAAUACACGGAUAUCGACUACAUGGUCUUUACAGAUGCGGCGCGGUACGUCUCGCACGGUGAGUCACCAUACGCCCGUGACACAUACCGGUACACGCCGCUGCUGGCGUGGAUGCUGCUCCCCACGGCGUGGUGGUGGUUUUCCUUUGGCAAGGCGCUGUUCGCUGCGGCGGACCUCCUUGCCGGCUGGCUGAUCACGAAGGUGCUGAUGCAGCAGUAUGGGAUGAGUCCGUCCAGGUCCCUGCGGUACGCGAGCGUCUGGGUGCUGAACCCUAUGGUGGCCAACAUCAGCACGCGGGGCAGCUCGGAGGGUCUGCUCGGCGUGCUGGUUGCAGCUCUUCUGUGGGCGGUGCUCAACCGGAGAAUCACGCUGGCGGGGAUCUUGCUUGGGCUUGGGGUUCAUUUCAAGAUCUAUCCGUUCAUCUACGGGCCGUCGAUUCUCUGGUGGCUGGACGCGAACCAUGACGGGUCGGCGGCAAAGUCAAGAAGCACCACGCAGAAGAGGAAAACAAGCCAGCCCAGCAGUCUGCUUUCCCAAGCGCUCGACUUUUGCACUCCAGCGCGUUUGCAGCUCACGAUAGUUGCCCUUGUGGUGUUCAUGGCUCUCAACGCAGCCAUGUAUGUUCUCUACGGCGCCCCCUUCCUGCAGCACACGUACCUCCACCACCUGACGCGGAUCGACCACCGCCACAACUUCUCCCCGUACAGCACUCUGCUCUAUCUCGCUGCCGCAGGGGAUGCCCAUCUUCGCUUCGAGUCGCUCGCCUUUCUUCCGCAGCUCCUCCUGUCUGUGGUGGUCAUCCCGCUCGUACUCGCAAAGCGGAGUCUGCCCGAUGCGAUGCUCGCGCAGACGUUUGCCUUUGUCACCUUUAACAAAGUGUGCACCAGUCAGUAUUUCCUGUGGUACCUCGUUUUCCUCCCCUUCUACCUCCCCAAUUCCUCCAUGCGGAAACGUCCUCUCCUCGGUUUCCUCGCUUUAUCUCUAUGGAUUAUCGGACAGGGUCUCUGGCUGCAUCAAGGCUUCCGCCUCGAGUUCCUUGGCAUCUCGUCCUUUGUCCCCGGUUUGUUCCUGUCUGGCUUGCUUUUCUUUGCCGUCAAUAUUUGGAUUCUGGGUAUCAUCAUCCAGGAUGUGCAGGGUGUAGAUGGGAAAGUCAAAAUUUAGUUCUGCACACUAAAAUCAUAUAAAUAGACUUCUUAAAGUACCUUUUCUAUGCACAAUUUUAAAUCAUG